AUGCAGCUGGUCCUCUUAAUCGUUUUUCUGCUCAGCUGGGGACUUCUGGGUGUAACUAAGCCGACACUACGUUCUUCCUACAUUCUUCACGAAAAAAGAUCCCACACGCCUUCGGGAUGGGAUGUACUUCGCCGACGCGACGCUUCUUCCGUCCUCCCGCUGCGGUUCGGGCUCAAACAAUCGAGCAUAAACAAGUUGGAAGACAUGUUAUAUGAUAUCUCUCAUCCUGAUUCGUCUAACUAUGGGAAUCAUUGGGCGCCAGCUCAAGUCACCCAGACGUUCGCUCCAAGUCAAGAAACAGUUGAAAUCGUGCGCGGCUGGUUGGAGGGUGCAGGAUUUGGUUUCGACAGGGUGAAGCUCGCGCCGUCGCGGAAUUGGCUCGAGGUGAACACCACAGUGGAAGAAGCCGAGCACCUGUUGAAAACCGAGUACCACGUUUAUGGACAUAAAAGCGGCAAAAUACAUACGGCGUGCAGCGAAUACCAUCUACCCAUUUACGUUUCGCCACAUGUGGACCUAGUAAAUCCAUCCAUCCACUUUGACGCCAUUCUCGGCAAGCGAGGGUCCGGGGCCACACCAGCAAAAACCGUUGGCUUACCAGGCGUGGGCAUUUUUCCCAAAACAACGGGGAAUAUUUCUUCUAUUUUAUCUCGAUUGGAGAAUUGCGAUGUAAUGAUCACUCCAAUCUGCCUUAGGGCGUUAUACGGCCUCAAUUAUGCCCCUCUCUCAACCAAAAAGAACACAUUUGGCAUUGUUGAGUACACCCCUCAAGCCUAUCUCCAAUCCGACCUAGAUCUGUUCUUCGCAAAUUUCUCGUCUUCUCUCGUCGGAAAAUCCCCAGAAUUCGUUUCAAUUGAUGGAGGCGUGAUACAAACGAUGCAAACAGGCUUCAAUUUCAAUGGGGAAUCAAACCUUGACCUUCAAUAUGCUAUGAACCUGGUUAACCCUCAAGAAGUGGUCCUAUAUCAAGUAGGAGAUCUUCCACAAGGCGCCUCUUUCAACAACUUUCUUGAUGCUCUCGAUGGUUCGUACUGUACAUUCGAGGGUGGCGACGACCCCAGUCAGGAUGAAAUAUUUCCCGAUAAUCUACCAAAUGGGUACAAUGGGGCAGCCAAUUGUGGUACCACGAAACCCGCGAACGUUAUAUCCACCUCAUAUGGAUAUAACGAGGCUGAUCUCUCCCCAUCUUAUACUCUCCGACAGUGCGCUGAAUAUGCAAAACUUGGGUUGAUGGGAGUCACCGUCCUCUUCUCUUCAGGUGAUAAUGGAGUCGCUGGAAAUGGGGCUCUUUGUCUAAACGUUGACGGUAGCUGUUCCCAAACGGAAGACGGCAUGAUAUUCAACCCGGGAUUUCCAUCAACGUGUCCAUUCGUAACCUCCGUCGGAGCAACACAGAUCAAUCUAGGCAAUAAAUAUACUGAUCCCGAAGUUGCGUGUGAGCAAGUUAUUUUCAGCGGCGGAGGGUUCAGUAAUUAUUUCGGAAUACCGGACUACCAAAAGAAGGCGGUUGGGAAAUAUCUUCAAGACCACAAACCGAGCCACUUUGCAGAUAUCUGGAAUUCGACUGGUGUUAGCCGAGGGUACCCAGAUAUUUCAGCUAACGGAGCGAAUUACGUAGUCGCGGUUGAUGGACGGUUCGCCCGUGUGUUUGGAACAUCUGCUUCAACUCCCGUUGUUGGUUCAAUCCUCGCGAUGGUGAAUGAUGCACGCUUGACAAUUGGAAAAAAGCCAAUCGGUUUCAUCAACCCGGCUAUAUACUCUGACGCUUUUUCUUCUGCUUUUCAUGACAUCACGUCUGGAAACAACCAAGGGUGUAACACGCCUGGCUUUAGCGCUGUUCCCGGAUGGGAUCCUGUCACAGGUCUUGGUACCCCGUCCUUUGCGAAGCUUUUGGAAAAGUGGCUUACACUUCCUUGA